CAUGUAAAGAACUGAUAUACUAAAAAUUAAUAAAUUUAUUAGAGAUACAAUAAAUACUUAAGAUAUUAAAAAAGCUGUUAAUAAAAUCAAGAAUUAAAUUCCCAGGAAUAUAAUUUAGUACUCUUUUGACUAGAGUUCCAAGCCUAAAUAAUUGAAAAAUUAACUACUCAACCUUUUUGGAAAAGCAAGAAAUAAAGAAAAUCUCUACCAGAAAUAAAUAUUUCAACUAGCCUUUUAUAAGAGGAAAACAAAUAAUUGGAUCAAUAUUGCAUAGACAUGAUUAAAUUGAAAACCCUCUUGUAGUUCAAUCAGGACAUAAUUAUGACUUAAUCAGAAAAUGGUAAGAAAUUCCAAAAGAAUCCUUACCUGACUAUAUCCAAAAUAUUUAUAUUACAUCAGCAAAUAUGAUUUAAAGAGGUAUACAAACUAAAAGGCA